AUGGCUACAGCAAGAGUGCCGCCUCCAACAGGUUUUAUUGGGUUUCUACGAUAUGCAGUGAUAAUAUUUGGCAUUAUAAACAUAGUCAUUCAAAUAAAAAAAAUUACAUUGCCUAACAAAGAUACUUCAGAAGAAUCAUUAGGCCUCGAUUUGGUACCUGGUAUAGUAGGAUUGCCGUCAUCAUCCAUAAUACAAAAGGAAAAUGCUAAUCUUAUACUUGAAAAUAGUUUAAAUCAAAAGUACCCUUCAUCAAGAAAUGUUUUAAAAACUCGCCAGAGACAGGAAUAUGAAUUAAAUUUGGAGUUACUUCCAAAGAUAUUUCAAAAUAGAGAACAAGAAAGGUUUGUUAUCCACCAGAUUCCUUCCACCAAUUUGACAAAUAUCAGCUAUUCCGCUCCAAAUGAAUACGAUAGUGAUGUUAUUGAAGUGUACAACGAAACCGUCCCUACUAGAGAAUGGAUUGUUUAUGAGAACUCUCAAUUACCACCACAAGUUUAUGCACCAGUUUGGAAUCCAUUAAAAAACAACGUAGUAAAUUUAAGUAUUUACAUAAAUAAUAAUGCCACAGGUUAUGACUCGAGUAAAGAUUUGCAAUUGAACAUAAAUGGAAUCGAUUUAACCAGCAUCAAUGACGAACCGCUGUAUAUUAAUAAUUUUGAAUACCCGUUAUUGAACAAUAACACAAAUUAUGAUAAAAAUAUCUACAUACACACGGUGCUUGGCAAAUCCAAUUAUGUUUCAAAUGAUAAUAAUAAUAAUGAUGACGAUGGAUAUGGUUUGUGCGGAGAAACAACUUAUAAAUUGACACACUAUUUCGAUGACAAUUUAGAUAGGGAUAGUGUCAUUCCGUAUGUUCAUCCCAACAUAAGCUUAGUUUUAGGCAAUUUUGACGAUAUUUUAAUAACCAAUAAUAUCCCAUCAUACUUCCGGCAGUUUUUAACCGUUACAAGUGAUGGGAAAAGAGACAAUUCUAGCGGUAUUGUUGGUAGAUAUUUCCCAUUUGUAUUCUAUAAUAAUAUUUUCCAAACCAAAUCGGAAAUGCUUAGGAUUGGUACAAAUAUCACAAAUAUCAAGUUUACCUUAGAUAUUAAACUGGAGCCGCUUUCAGAAAUCAAGAAAAGGUUGUUUUUUUUAAAUUUACUACAGAAAACUUUUAUUUCUGGACAGACUGAAAAUAAUGAUUUUUUUGAAGAAAUUAUAUUCAAGUUGGACCGAUUAAAAAACUUUUUUUUCCAUACCGAUCAAAAGAUUGUUAUAGGAUUGAGCAUUGCUUUUUUAUUUAGAAUAAUAUCCGAGUGCUAUAUUUUUUUACAGAAAUACAAUUCUAUUAAAAAUUCUGAGAUACCAGAGUUCAAUUUAAGUGGGGAAGUAAUAUCCAUCGUUUGUCAAAUUGUAUCGAUUUUAUAUUUGUGGCAAUUUACUUUUGCUACUUCCUAUUAUUUCAUUUUCUUGGUUUAUUUACCACUGUUGAUACUAAAUUCUAUGGAAGUUUUGAAAAAUUUGAAUUUCCAAGUUUUAUCUGUUGAAGAGUUUAUUGUGUUAGAAGAUUAUGACACUAAUGAUCAAUACAUUUGUUCGGUUCCAUUAAUCAUUAACCAUCGUUUCCUAAUAAUCAAAUAUUGUGAUCAUUAUUACCAUUAUUAUUUUACUAACAAAAAGACAGUACCGAGUACUAGCAGUACCUUAACUCGCACUAAAAUAAUGAUUAUUUUACUAAUUGUGCCAUUAUUUUUAAGUGAAUUCAAGAAAAAUAUUAUUGAUACGCAAUACAUAACCAAUUGGAAAAAUGGUAACGAGUUUGCUGUUGCUGCCUUAGUGAGUGGCGAAUUUAUUAGUCAGUUCAUAUAUUUGUAUGGAAACACAAUAGUGUACUCCAUUCCAAAUUUGGUGUUAAAUUAUAAACUAAAAGUAUUUAUGGAUCAUGUUGAAUUUACCGGUAAUAUUAAUCAUCGCUGUAAACAGAAAAUUCUGAUCUUAUUGAGCAUUGUUAAUAUAUUUAUUGAUUUUUUAUAUUCCCAAUUCAUUGAUGUAGAUAAUAGCAAACAACAACUUGCAGGUAUAAGAGAUUUGGUAUUGUUGGCUGUAUAUGUUUUUCAAUCACUUACUUAUGAAAGUCAAAAUGUUGUAAGAAAAAAGAAAAAAAGUAAAAGUUCUAAAAAAGUUGCUUUUAAGGAUGAAGAAUAG